AUAUAUCUUAUGUUCAACUAUGUUAUGUAUUGGUGUGGGUGGCAUUGCUUACACAAUUGUAGUUUUCCUAUGCUUGCACAAUUGUAGCCAGUUGAAUACUCCUUUGGUUGUGGCUUGCACCUGUAGAAUUUAAUACAGAACUCAUGAUCUGGCUUAAUUUAUGCUGAACUCUGAAUGACACCUACAUACAGUUUUCUAUAUUCUUAUUAGUUAUUACUUGCAGUUAUAUGGAUUAGAUUAGCAGGGGAUGAUGCAUGGUCUACCUAGCUUACUUUGAGUUCAGUAAACUUCGAGUGUGUCUUGCACCAAUCAUUGUGGUGUACUGGUGUGAGAUAUAUUAGCUUUUUUUUACAUGUAGGAAUGCAAUACUUGUGUCUAACUGAUGUCCAAUAUAACUCACAUUUUAUGAUGAACUUUUUCGGUGUUGUACUUGUAUUGUCAUUUUUGUUUGCUAUUCUAUGAUCCUUUGAAGGUUCUUGCCAACUUAAUGAUCAUCUGCUAAAUUCAGAAAGACUGAAGUCAAUAGAUAAUAGGAUGCUCGACUUCUGAUCUGAUGUCAUAUAUACCCAAAGGACUAAAACAUUUGAAGUAACCAACCUAUUGUUUGAGUAAUGAUGUAAAAGAUUUAAAGUCAACCAUGUCCCAAUGAGACACAUCAAAAAAAAAUUAUUGUUAUUCUCUCGUUCUGCUUAUAUGCUUGCUUAUUAUUCCAACUAAUGUUGUUGUUGUUGUUGUUGUUGUAUGCUUGCUGCUGUACAACAACAACAUUUUUUUUAUUAAAAAAAAAUACUUCAAGUGCUCCGGUUGCUAGGAAAAAAUCGGAGCACUUGAUUCACAAGUGCUCCGGUUUUCUCUUAUAAACCGGAGCACUUGAAGUAUUUUGAACAUAAAAUUCACAUGUGCUCCAGUUUUUAAGACAACCGGAGCACUUGUGAAUCUAAGUGCUCGGGUUUUCAACCGGAGCACUUGAUAAAUACUCAAGUGCUUGUAUGGGGUGUGCUACGGGUCAAAUACGGAGCACUUGUAUGAUUUUUAAUCGGAGCACUUGAUGUUUUUUCCACUAGUGACUUUAUUAUCGCACUGGUGUGGGGUCACUUUCUUGCAGUGAGCUCCAUUAUUUUGACGCCUUUAAUAAAAGUUCCAUCAUCUUUGAUUGUGUGAUGAAGGAGAUCAGAGAAGGCAGUAAGUGUUGGGAGAAAGAGGCAGAGCAUAGAGGUGAAGUAUGGUUAAGGUGGGCCCCUAGCUAGUGAUAAAUGAGAAAGAAAGUAUUUUGGGGAGGUUUUAGAAGUGGUUAGAGGACAAACACUAAGGGUUGAUCAAAAAAUGAUAUGGAAAAAAAAUUCAAAAUGAUAUAAAGCAUAUUAAUUAUGGCAUGAACCAGCUUUAAAAAUGAAAUAAGGUAGUCUAAAAAUGAUGUAUAUUAAUGAUGAUUGCAUAAAACAAAUGUAAAAUUGAAAUGAAACACUUCCAAAAUGAUAUGAAAGAUACUAAUAGCGACGUACAAUGUUUUUAUAAACGACAUGUAACAUUUAGAUUGCACAUAUAAGAUUUUGUUACACAAUAUAAGUAAUUGUGUAACAUGUUACAUCCAAGAUGAACACUUCUUAAUAUUUUUUUCUCUAAAACUCACUCCUGUGAUAAAGUAACCAUUUUUGCAUUUGUUUAACAUUUAUUAUACAUUUAAUUGAUGGCGUUGUAUGCGACUAGUGAAUAUUUGUGUAACUUCAUCUGACUGGUAGAUACAAUGCCUCAAAUGGUUUGUAACAAAAUUUAUUAUAUCUUAUGAAAGGGAUUUUAUUUUGGGUAAUGUUAUAUGUAGCCCUUAGGGCUACAUAUAAGCAUUAAAUACAUUUCUUUAAAUGGAAACACUUUAAGAAUUCAAGACAUAUUUUCACAUCAAUUGAGGUAAUAAAUGCUUGAUUUAAUAUUUUAUUUCCAUUUUAAGCACCUUAUACAUAGCCCUAAGGGCUAUGUAUAUCAUUUUCCUUUUAUUUUUACUACUUUUACUCCAUUUCAACUUACACAAUAUGAAUUUUACAUUUAUCUAUGCAAAAAUUUAACCUUUAAUAUAUUGAGUUACCUAAAUGUAAAAGUUAUAAAAAAUUAUGGCUUUCUAACCAAAUACCACUGACAAAUUUUUUUAUUCACCAGAUAUCCCAACUUUUUUUCGAAUUCACCAUAUAUCCCCGACUUUCUAAAAAAUACAUCUAAAUUCCCUCAAUGAUUUAUGAUGUUUAACUCUAAUAGUCAUUAACCCUAAUUAACCUUGAAAAAUCGUAAAAACCCUAAUUAACCUUAAUUAAAUCUAAAAAUGUUAAAACCCUAACCAGUCCUAAAAACCUUAACUACCCCUAACCCACCCCCAUCCCACCAGCCCCAACCCCAACAACUCCAACCCCACCAAUCCGAUCCCCUCCCUCUCCCCUCCGCCUCCGCAUUUCCCUUUAUCGCCGCUGUCGUUGCACCUCACCCUUCCGACCACACCCCAGUCCGCAUCCACCCUCCCGGUCAAAUCCCUCGUAUCCCUCCUAGCCUCCCGAAAUCCUCAGCCGCGCCUCCUUACUAUGCGCUGAUGUCUCUGUGAUAUUAGCGGUGGUGCUCUGUGUUUUGUUGUGCAUAGGAGCUACGAGAGAGGGGAAGACAAGUCUAUGGGGGAGGAGGCAUGAUUGCGUGGGCUGGGGGCUGGUGGGGCUCAGGUGGUGGUAGGGUCAGGUGGUGGGGCUGGGCUACGGGUUUAGGGAUCGGAGUUAGGGUUACUUUGGGUUAAUUGGGUUUAGUUAGGAUUAAUUAGAGUAACUUAGGAUUGUUUAGGCUUAAUGACUAACGAAGUUAACUGUCGUUAGUCAUUAAGGGCAUCUAGACGUAUUUUUUAAAAAGUCAGGAGUAUAUGGUGAAUUCGAAAAGAAGUUGGGGUAUCCGGUGAAUAAAAAAAUAUCUCAUGGAUAUUUGGUGGAAAAACCGAAAAAAUUAACAUUUGAAAAUAAUUUGUCAAGAAGAACUCAAUACGAUUCUUCGAUCAUAUCUAAAUGUUCUAUGUGUAUAAAUUAUAACUAGUUUUUAGGCCCAGACUACUCCCCGAGUAAUUAUAUCUUUCAUUUAUUAGUAUUUUACUUUGAAAUAAUAACAUCAAAUAUUACUUGGUUUAGUGGUGAAGACGUUGGUACAUAUGCUUGUGAUCACGGGAUCAAAUCUUACCUAAUGUAUUUUCUUGCAUAAAAUGACAUAAAACACUUUAACCGAUGGCACCACGUAACAUGCAUCAUUCCUUGCAUACUAGUAUAGAUCACUAGUGGGGAAAAAAUCCAUUUGAUGCGGUCGAAAUCGAACCUACUGAUGCGGUUUUGAUCCGCAUCAAGUAGUCUCGCAGCAGGUCGAAAAUAUUAACUGAUGGGAAUUGACCUAAGAAUCGCAUCAGAUUGUCUAAAAUAAUGUCAAAAAACAAGUGUAGACCUGCAAGUUACAGGUCUGCACUACUACGUUUCAUUUUAACCAACAACAACAAUGUUACAACAACAAGAAAAUUACAAAAAUAAAACCAAUGAAACAUGCUACAAUAUUUAUAUCAUUGCCAAAAAAAUACAAAUAAAACUAAUGAAAAAAAUUACAAAUAAAUGUAUAAGUGAAUUAAUAACGGAAAUCUAAACGAGAAAAUGAGAAGAAAAACGAAAAAUAAAUGACAAAAAAAAACUAAUAACAGAAUAAUAAAAACGAAAAAGAAAUACAAAUAAAAUGAAUAACAAAAUAAAAUGAAUAACAAAAUAAAAACGAAAAUAAAUUACACAAAGAACAAAUAACAGAAUAAAACGAAAUUAAAAAAAAAAAUUGAACGAAAAUACUAGAAAACGAGAAUAUAAAUGAAAAAAAUAAGAAGAAAUGAAAUGAAAAAACUAGAGAAAUUAAACGAAAAAGACUAGAGAUAUUAAACAAAAAAUAGAGAAAUUAAACGAAAAAUCACUUGUUUCAGAUCUCAAUUCGCUUCGCGCUUCUUCCUUCGCGUUUGCUCCUUUUUCCUUUAUGGGGGCUUCUUCCUUCGAUCUUCUUUAAUGGCGCUUCGUUCUUCGAGUUUCUUUAAUGGCGCUUGUGGAUUCGAUUAUUUAGGGUUCGAUUGUUUCAAGUCUAAAUUCGAUUGUUUCAAGAGAAGAGUGUUAAGAGUUAGGGUGAUGAGGAGUUAGACUGGUGGCGUGCGUGAGAGUGGAGAGAGAGAGAGAGAGAGAGAGGAGUGUUAGGGUUUGGAGGAGGGAAAAGUAAGGAGAAUUUUGAGAGAUUGCGGUUUUGAUCCGCAUUCAGCGUUCUUGCAUGGGCCGAAUUCAGCAUGCUAGGCCAAGGACUUUUGAGAGAUUGCGUGCUGGGCCAUCCGAGUUCAGCGUGCUGGGCCGAGGAUUUUGAGAGAAAAAUAACAAAAAUUUGAUGGGGUCCUUUGAGUUGCAUCAUAUUUUUGAAAAACCGCAUCAGUGCUUUUAAUCUAAUGCGGUCCACAAGAGGACUGCAUCAAAUUGUCAUACCAACUUUCCAUCCCAUUUUUAAUGUUGAUUUUCGCAUGCGAUUUUACAAAAACUGCAUAUGUUACUAAGUAAUAGAUAAGAUUUUUCCACUAGUGGAUAAUGAUAAAAAUGAAAUAUGUGAAUCAGGUAACCAGAAAGAGUAUGUACAUUAAAGAAAAAGUAACACAAUAAAUGUUUGUUUCGAACCAAUGAGGAAUAGUUAUUUCAUAUUCUUUUCUCGAUCACCAUGUUACAUAUAUAGUUUUACAUGAAUAUGUUAGAAUAUUGUUCUCCUCCCAAGUGACCCUAAUCACAUCCUCGUUCUACCUUUAAGGCCUAUAUAUAAGGAGACCAGUAGUGCUGUCUCCCUCCCUCACCUCACUACUUUCUACUCGUUUUCACACUCUCUCUCUCUACAUUUCUCUUUCUCUCUCAUACCUUGAAAAAUGGCAGCAACAAUCACAAGUGAUGAAGCACUUUGGUUACUUUUUAGCCUACCACCAAUCAUCACCUCUGAUAACAUCUUAACUGUUUUAACAAGUUUGCCUUUUUUUGCCAUCCUUGUUGGACUCGUUACGUUUGGUCUAUUUUCAUGGGCCCUCUCUUCACCAGGUGGGCCAGCCUGGAAAAAGGGCCGGACCCAAAUGGGCCGUGUGCCAAUCCCGGGCCCACGAGGCCUUCCCAUCUUUGGCAGCUUAUUCACUUUGAGUCACGGCUUGGCUCACCAUACCUUAGCCUUCAUGGCUCAAUCUCGAGCCAAUAAACAGCUUAUGGCUCUAAGCCUCGGCUCAACCCCUGUGGUUGUGACCUCCGACCCUGAAAUCGCCCGUGAGAUUUUAACAUCGCCUCAUUUUGCUGAUCGUCCGAUCAAACAGUCGGCUAAGCAGCUUAUGUUUAGCCGAGCCAUCGGGUUCGCCCCGAGUGGAACCCAUUGGAGACUCCUUAGGAGAAUAGCUGCCUCACACUUAUUUUCCCCUAGACGCAUUUCAGCCCAUGAAGGUGGGCGGAUGUUAGAGUGCGCCUCUAUGGUUAAUACUAUUUUUAACGAGCAAGUUUUGCAUGGGGUUGUUUCUGUAAGGAGACAUCUCCAAGCAGCUGCCCUUAACAAUAUAAUGGGGAGUGUGUUUGGAAAAAGAUAUAAUUUUAAAGGGGAAGGGAAUAUGAUAGGCGACGAGGCGAAGGAGUUGGAUGAGGUUGUUAAGGAGGGUUUUGAGUUGUUGGGAGCGUUUAACUGGAGUGAUCAUUUGCCCUGGUUGAGGCAUAUUUGUGAUCCUUCUAGGAUCAUUGACCGAUGCACUGCCCUUGUUCCUCGUGUUCGAAAAUUAGUAGGGAAAAUCAUUAAUGAACAUAGAGAACGACGGAUCAAUAAUGGUGAUUAUUCAUCUGAAAAUUCUGACUUUGUUGAUGUGUUACUCUCUUUGGAUGGUGAAGAAAGGCUAGAAGAGGAUGAUAUGGUCGCCGUUUUGUGGGAAAUGAUUUUUCGUGGAACAGACACAAUUGCACUGCUAAUUGAGUGGAUCCUAGCCGAACUAAUAUUGAACCCAAAGGUGCAAUCCAAGCUACAAAAUGAGAUCAGCAACGCCAUGGCAAAUGGAGCUACAAACUCUACCAUAGCCAAGUUACCAUACCUACAAGCCGUGGUAAAGGAAACCCUACGCCUGCACCCUCCAGGCCCACUUCUAUCCUGGGCUCGACUGUCCAUAACUGAUGUUAACCUUACCAAUGGCAUGGUGGUACCUAAAGGAACUACCACAAUGGUUAACAUGUGGUCUAUUACUCAUGAUGCUAAUAUAUGGGACAAUCCUAAGCUUUUUAAGCCAGAAAGGUUUUUAGAAAAUGUUGCAUGUGGUAUAGACGUUGAUGUUAGAGGUAGUGACCUUCGACUUGCCCCUUUUGGGGCAGGUCGCAGGGUUUGCCCUGGAAAAGACUUAGCGCUUGUGACAGUGAGCCAAUGGGUGGCAAUGUUGGUUCACAACUUUAAGUGGAUUCCACAUGAGGCUCAACCUGUUGUUCUUAGUGAAGUUUUGAAGCUGUCUUGUGAAAUGAAAUACCCACUUUUAGCCGUGGCUAUUCCAAGGAAUUGAUACGCGUAAAAAAAUAUAUAGUAAAGUACAAUGAUCUACUACCCUUUAAUGUGUUAUUACGUUACACGAUAUACAAUAUAGUUUGCAUGGAAAUGAUGCCUGGAAUACUUUAUAGCACCGUUAUAGAUAUGUCAACCUCGAAGUGUUGUGUUAUGUAAGCGUGUGAAGUGUGUACUUUCUUUUUAUAUAAAAAUGUCAGUCUGGUUUGAUGUGCAAGUGUAAUACCCAAUAACUAUCGAUAAUAAAAGUUUUGUUGUGAAGCAUAUGUUUGAA